CUACAUAAGUCGACAUGGGCGUAUUAUUAUAAUGACUUCAAACCAGCUGUUCAGAUUCUGUUAUAUCAGUAUACCCAGAAUGCAAAAUACUAUGAAUCGUUUACCGAGUAUUUGGACAAGUGGCUACGUAAUGGCUCUGUGCCGUACACACCAAAAGGUCUGGCCUAUUUAAGUACAUGGGGAGCUCUGCGUUAUGCGGCGAAUACUGCUUUCUUAGCGUUGGUGGCAGCAGACUUAGGAGCCAACCCUGUGACGUACAGAGAUUUUGCUAAAACCCAGAUCCGAUAUAUGCUUGGAGACUGCGGGCACAGCUACGUAGUUGGAUACGGAGUCAAUCCUCCUGAACGUCCGAAGCAUGAAGCCAGUUCUUGUGAUGACAUGCCGUCAAUAUGUGAUUUUACCGACUACCAGAGUCCAGAUCCCAGCCCUCAAAUACUGUAUGGUGCUCUUGUCGGUGGACCUGAUAUCAACGACAACUGGAUAGAUGACAGAACUAAUUCUAAGACCAAUAAAGUCGCGUGCGAUUACAACGCCGGAUUUCAGUCUGCAGUUGCCGGUCUCAAAUAUUUGGAGCUAACAGGUGGUUAUGACUACAUCGAAGUUUUGCACCAGUCCAUCCUAUUCUAUGAAGCCCAGCGGUCCGGGGUUCUCCCAGAGGAGACAAACCGAAUAUCAUAUAGAAGCCAUUCGGCCUUAGGUGACCAGGGUCACCAUGGGGAGAAUUUGACAGGUGGCUGGUAUGAUGCCGGGGAUCAUGUUAAAUUUGGAUUGCCAAUGGCGGCUAGUUUGACUAACCUAGCAUGGGGUAUGAUUCAGUUUGAGGAUGCGUACAGGGCUGCCAAUGCGUGGAACUACGGCCUGGAUGGUAUUCGAUGGGCGGCCGACUAUUUCGUCAAGUGUCACGUGGAAGACAAUACAUUCUACUAUCAGGUCGCAGAUCCAGGAGUUGAUCAUGCUUACUGGGGUCGACCGGAGGAGAUGACAGAUUACAGACCAUCAUACUUGGUGAAUGCAUCUUUACCAGGCUCUGAUGUUGCCGGGGAAACGGCUGCUGCGCUGGCUGCAUCUUCAAUUCUCUUCAAGGAGACAGAUCCGGUUUACGCUGCUUUGCUGCUGAAUCAUUCCAAGACGUUGUUUAAUUUUUCCGCCACUUACCUUGGUGUGUAUCCAUCGUACGACUUUUACAUAUCAGACCAAUUUGGUGAUGAGUUGGGGCUGGCCGCAAGUUGGUUGUACUACGCCACCGAAGAUUCAUUUUAUUUGGAAACCGCCGAAGAUUUGUAUGUAAGGUAUGGUCUAUUUAAACGAUCCUGGGGGUAUUCUUGGAGAGAAAAGAACCCAGCUGUGCAGGCGUUAAUGUAUCAGCUUACCCAAGACGACGAGUACGCCAAUGACCUUGUUAAUUACCUAGACGUUUGGUUACCAGGUGGGGGUUUACCAUAUACACCUGGGGGUCUUGCUUACCGAGACGAAUGGGGAUCACUCCGAUAUGCUGCAAACACUGCUUUCGUGGCGUUGGUGGCAGCAGACUUGGGAAAUUGGACUCAAAAAUACUUUGAUUUCGGCAAAUCGCAGAUUCAUUAUAUUUUGGGAGACUAUGGACACAGCUACGUCGUUGGAUAUGGCGUUGACCCCCCACGGCGAGCCCACCAUCGAUCAAGUUCUUGUGAAGACUAUCCAAUCGAAUGUAACUGGUCAGAUUUCGGUUACGAUGGUCCGAAUCAUCAAACAUUGUACGGCGGUAUUGUUGGCGGACCUGAUAUUAAUGAUUAUUGGGAAGAUGACAGAGCCGAUUACAGAGCGAACGAGGUUGCGUGUGACUACAACGCUGCAUUCCAGUCCGCUAUUGCUGCCUGUACAGAUGCAAAUGUGAAUUGCGAAUGGUGGGCCAGUCAGGGCUACUGUAUUGGGACACACUCGGCAUAUAUGAAUGCUGUGAACAGUGUAAUGGGAAUAGUCCGCACCCUAAAGGUAGUGCAUGUUACGACUAUGACACUCGCUGCAGUUUCUGGCAGAGUAUUGGAAAAUGUAUUCGAAACCCAGCGUACAUGCUACAGAACUGUCAAGCAAGUUGUGAAGUGUGUUAAACAACCUACGACUAUUCCAUCAUAG